AUAUAGAGAAUGCAGGGUCCGGGGAGAGCGGAUAUAGUGAAUGCGGGGUCCGGGGAGAGGGGAUAUAGUGAAUGCAGGGUCCGGGGAGAGCGGAUAUAGUGAAUGCAGGGUUCGGGAAGAGCGGAUAUAGUGAAUGCGGGGUCCGGGGAGAGGGGAUAUAGUGAAUGCAGGGUCCGGGGAGAGCGGAUAUAGUGAAUGCAGGGUCCGGGGAGAGCGGAUAUAGUGAAUGCAGGGUCUGGGGAGAGCUGGAUAUAGUGAUUGCAGGGUCCGGGGAGAGCGGAUAUAGUGAAUGCAGGGGUCCGAGGAGACCGGAUAUAGUGAAUGCAGGGUCCGGGGAGAGCGGAUAUAGUGAAUGCAGGGUCCGGGGAGAGCGGAUAUAGUGAAUGCAGGGUCCGGGAGAGCGGAUAUAGUGAAUGCAGGGUCCGGGGAGAGCGGAUAUAGUGAAUGCGGGGUCCAGGGAGAGCGGAUAUAGUGAAUGCAGGGUCCGGGGAGAGCGGAUAUAGUGAAUGCGGGGUCCGGGGAGAGCGGAUAUAGUGAAU